AUGAAGCUCCUGCGGUCCCCCUUGCACAUUCUUCCGUUUCUAGCCGCACUGGCAGGGCCUGUAACGGCGGGCUACUUUGUGCCUACUCGGCUUCAGUGCGACUUGAUUGAGUUUGACCUCUUUCUCUUUCCAAACGAGGUGCCGACUGAGCAGACGUACGUCGGCAUCAAGUACUCCAAGGAGGACUCGCUCUUCUCAGACGACAUCUACCUCGAGUCAACCCCCAUCGGUCCACUUCUCCCCAGCUUCAGCACAAAUGGGACCCGCGAGUCCCUCGGUCCCGUACCGUACAGCUUCGUGCCCGCGAACAAAAAGGGGCGAAAGGCUGGGGCGUGGUACCUGAUCAUCCAAUUCGUCCACUCGAACGGGAGCGUGAGCUGGAGUCCGACCACCUUUGACAAGAAGAUGGUGCCGGACGACGGCAAUCUCAUCGACGACAACGUCGGGCUGCAAGUCGUCAACGGCAGCACCCAGGGACAGUACCCGCACUCUUAUACGGGCGAGUUCCAGGUCGACUGUCCACCUGAGGAGACUAAGAAGCUCGUCAUCGUCGGUGCCGUUCUAGGUGCCGUCCUUGGUCUAAGCUGGAUCGUGUUGGCCGCUUCGUGCGGGCUCUUUCGACGAAAGAACAACAGGCUGCAAGCGGAAAACCGCAAGCUCGUCAAGGGCAAGACGGCAGGGGGCCAAGGUGACAUCGAGGAAGAGGGAGAGGACGUUCUUGCUUCCUCGGCCAGUGAAAAAAAGAAAGGCGGAAAAGGGUACCGACUGCACCCUCCACCCCAUCCAACAUCGGAGGAAAAGGGCGAUUUUGCUGCGACAUUUGGCUUGACUGGGAAUGGCAAAGGCGAUGAUAAGUUCGAAGAUGAACUGGACGGUGCGCUGGACGACGAGAAGCGAGACGCGGCACUCCUUUCCUGGGCAAAAGAGCGAGAGUCAAGCCACAGAGAUGACGAGAUGUUGAAGAAAGCUCAGGCAUUCAUCGAUCCAGUCUGGCGUGGUCGUCUGCAACAGGACAAGAAUAUCACCGAAGAGCAGUGGGGUCGGAUCAAUUUCGAACGUGGGCUUGCCCGUCGCGUUCUCUCGAUUCACAAGCGAUGGGACGAGGUCUCCUGGAUGAUCAUUGAGGCUUGUCCGACAUUGCGAGUCCCCUUUUCGUCUUCUGCUUCGACUUCCAGGUCUUUGCCGACGUGGCAAAAGGAGCUCAGGAGUACCUACUUCGCUGCCGAAGAAGAAGCCAACAAGAUCAGCAGCAUCUACAUGCUUGACGAGGAAAAGGACGGCGUCGACAUCUCUGAACGGGCGAAAAGGCUCGACAAGGCCAACGUCUACUUUGACUUACUCUGCAACCGGAUGCUCACACUGUUGGCUCAAGAUGGACAGUCCGAACGCAGGACGCAAGGUCGGGUUUCACUGCCGGAUUUGGAUGAAAAGGAGGAAAAGGAGAAGGGCAGUGACAGUGAUCGUAUUUCUAUGCCCGUACCCACUCUUCCCUUUAUCGAAGGCGAGCAGCAGGCUGGAGAGACAAGCCCGCCGCGAUACGAAUCGUAAUGACCCUCAAGUGAUUUGUGAAAAGUGCCGGUGUAUAUAUUCUGGAACUAUUAUACAAAUGUGACAAACAAAGGAACGAAGAAGGAAUUCUACAGCUCUGCCAACAGCAUGGUGCCCAAGCUCUGGACAAUUUGAUCGCCCAUGGCAGCCUCUACAACGUCUUCGAGGUGCCUCUUCGGAUCCUGCUUGCCGACGUGUCGUGUCUUGAGCUGAUCGGCCGUCAGUGUGCUCUCCUCCUGCACUGACUUGUUGUAUGCCUCUGACAAGGCAAGCAUGUGCUUGAUGGCCUUCUCGUUGUUCUUCUUGU